UACAGAAAGCAUUGGAAAAGUGCACGUGUUGGAGAAUUUGCGUCUCCCGUUUGUUAUCCUCUUAUUUUGCUCCAAAAACCAUGGAGAUUUCGCAAAGUGAAGUCGAGGACGACAAGAAAGACAUUCUGGGCUUCCAUCAAAUGGAUUUGGAUGACCGGAUACAAAAGGCAAUUGCAAAAUUGGGCUGGAUUGAACCAACUGUAAUCCAGGAAAAGGCCAUUCCCUUUCUGCUUGAAGGAAAAGAUGUCCUGGUGCGUGCCCGGACGGGUUCUGGCAAGACGGCAGCCUUUGCCAUUCCUACAAUACAGAAAAUUCUCAAUUCCAAGGGAAGCGCUUCAGAACAGGCAAUUGGGGCACUUGUCCUGGGUCCCAGCAAGGAACUCUGCCAUCAGAUACGGCAAGUUAUUGAGGAUCUUACUGUGAGCUGUGGGCGAGUGGUGAAAUGCGUAGAUUUGGCUUCGCAUGAAGUGACUACGCAGAAGCAUCUUUUGUCCGAAAGACCGGAUAUCGUUGUGUCCACUCCAGCCAAGAUUCUGCAUCACUUCAAAGCCGGAAAUGUUGAACUUGGAGAUCAAUUUUCGACCCUGAUCAUUGAUGAGGCGGAUUUGAUGUUCUCCUUUGGCUUUGAGGCUGAACUCAGGGAGGUUUUGAGCUUUCUGCCGGCAAUUUAUCAGGCAAUUCUCGCAUCAGCUACUCUCAGUGAAGAUGUUUUGACUCUGAAAAAUCUUGUCCUGCACAAUCCUGUGACUCUCAAGUUGUCUGAACCAGAUGUAGCUCCAACGUCUCACCUAACGCAUUAUCACAUUUCGGCCGAAGAGAAUGACAAAGCCGCAAUCCUCUAUGCCCUCUUCAAGCUGCACCUGAUCCGAGGCAAGAGUGUCAUCUUUGUGAAUUCCGUGGACAAGUGCUACAAGUUAAAACUCUUCCUGGAACAAUUUAGCAUAAAAUCUUGUGUCCUGAAUUCCGAGCUUCCUGCUCAGAUUCGCUGCCGGGUAGUGAAUCAAUUUAAUAUGGGAAUUUACGAUAUCAUCCUGGCGUCGGAUGAACAGGCUCUGGAUCAGCCAAAAGCAGACAGAGGCAGCAGAAAGAGGAAAAGUGAUAAGGAGUCAGGAGUAUCCCGUGGAAUUGACUUUCAACGAGUGUCCAAUGUUAUCAACUACGAUUUCCCACUCGAUGUGAAUUCGUACAUCCAUCGAGCUGGCAGAACAGCCCGUGGAAAUAAUCGAGGAAGUGUUUUGUCUUUUGUAAACCUAAAAGAGAGGUCACUGAUGGAUGAAGUCGAUGAACAUCUCAAGGCAGAAUUCAGCAUGGAAGAGAGUGUUUUGAGGAAAUAUCAAUUUAAAUUGGAGGAAGUUGAACCAUUCAGAUAUCGUGCAAUGGACGCCUACAAAGCUGUCACAGCAAUUGCCAUCAAAGAGAGUCGAUUGAAGGAAAUCAAAGCUGAAAUCUUCAACAGCAAUAAAUUGAAGAGUUUCUUCGACAACAACCCCCACGAUUUGCAGCUCUUGAGGCAUGAUAAGCCGCUGCAUACUGUUAAAGUUCAACCUCAUUUGUCCGAUGUGCCAGACUAUAUUAUCCCCAAAUCGUUGAAAGGGGUGGCAAAUGUGGCAACCAAACCCAAGAAGACUUCCGGAAGGGUGGUGAAAUCCAAGAAGCAGAAGAUCUUCGAGAAGAAACAGGCCAAUCCACUGCUUUGUGCAGAAAUUGAUUAUGCAAAGAAGCAGAGAGUGAAAAUAAAGAAGAACAAGUAGUUCAAGUAA